GGUCUAUCAGGCAUCGCCUCGAGACCGGCCUCUACUCAGGGUCCGUUAUGUGCAAAUACUUCUAUUCAUUGAUCUCUCUGUCUGUACGCUGUUGAGCUCCCUUCUAACUGGCCCAAAUAAAUUUUACAGGUUAUGUAGGAAGGAUUUGUCUUCUCUUCUCUGCUUCAUCUCUACACCCGCCUGGCGGUACACCUCCAUCCCUCUCCCCCCUUUUACUUCCCGUUCCCGGGACUCCGAUGGGCCCUGGUCUAUAGGCGGGUUCUUGCUUGUCUGGUUCUGUAAACGAAUGCUUAAGCUAUUGACCAGAUCGUCCCGCCACUAAUACCGAGGGAGCAUUACCCACGGACCCCACCCGAGGAGACUGCGCCAGGCGCACGCGGCCAGCAUGUCGCGGACGGCCGACUCCCUGGCGCUGCCGACGGCAGCGAUGCACGCGGACCCGGCGGCAGGGCUGCGGCCGAGCGCCGAGGAGGGCGGCGGCCGGAUGCGGCGGUGGGUGAGCUCGCUGGCGUCGUCGUCGCGUCGCGCUGCCCAUCGCCACCCCCACCACCACCGCCAGCAGCAGCAGCAGCAGCAGCAGCAGCAUCGACGACUGGAGGAGAGCGCCCCAGGCCGACACGCCGACGCCGGAGAUAGCUGGUGGCGGAUCCACCUCUUCCGCGGUAUGGUCAACGACGUGCGCCGGCGCGCGCCGUUUUACGCGAGCGACUGGCUCGACGCCUGGGACUACCGCGUCGUGCCGUCGACGGUGUACAUGUACUUUGCCAAAUGUCGGCAACGACUGGCCUGGCUCAACGGUGGCAACGCCCGCCACGGUCAUAAACUCACUCCUAUGACCCGUUCCAGGGGACGGGGAACGAGAGAUGCUAACGAGACCGCCGUCUCUCUCCUCUGCAGCAUGCUGCCGGCGCUCGCCUUCUCCCUCGACAUGUUCACCAAGACCAACAUGCAGUACGGCGUCAACGAGGUGCUCCUCUCUUCGGUCCUCGGCGCCGUCGUCUUCGCCCUCCUCGCGUGCCAGCCGCUGGUCAUCGUCGGCGUCACGGGCCCUAUCACUGUGUUCAACUACACCGUGUACGAUAUCAUGGCGCCCACGGGCAUCGACUACCUCGCCUUCAUGUGCUGGAUCGGGCUGUGGUCGCUGGUGUUCCACUGGAUCCUGGCCGCGACGAACGCGUGCAACUGGCUGCGGUACGUGACGCGGUUCCCGUGCGACAUCUUCGGCUUCUACGUCGCCUUCAUCUACCUGCAGAAGGGGGUGCAGGUGCUGGAGCGGCUCACGUCGGCCGGCGGCGAGGGCGGCGACGGCGACGGCGACGGUGCCUUCUACCUGUCGAUCGCGGUGGCGCUGCUCGUCUUCAUGGCGGCGUACGCGUGCGGCGAGCUCGGCGCCGGCCCCCUCUUCCGCCACCCCGUGCGGGUCUUCCUCCAGGACUACGGCACCCCGCUCGCCGUCGUCUUCUUCACCGGCUUCGUACGCUUCGGCCGCAUGCGCGCCGUCGCCCUCGAGCCCCUGCCCACCGGCUCCGCCUUCGCGCCCACCGCCGCCCGCCCCUGGCUCGUCCGCUUCUGGGACAUCCCCGUCCGCGACGUCUUCCUCGCCCUCCCCUUCGCCGUCCUGCUCACCAUCCUGUUCUACUUCGACCACAACGUAUCGUCGCUCAUCGCGCAGGGGACCGAGUUCCCGCUGCGCAAGCCGGCCGGCUUCCACUGGGACAUCUUCCUGCUGGGGCUGACGACGGGCGCGGCCGGGGUGCUGGGCCUGCCGUUCCCGAACGGGCUGAUCCCGCAGGCGCCCUUCCACACCGAGUCGCUGUGCGUGACGCGGGUGGAGCCGGACACGGAGGAGGACGGGGCGGCGGCGGCGGCCAAGGGCCACUACGUGGUGCGGCGGACGCACGUGGUCGAGCAGCGCGCGUCGAACCUGGCGCAGGGGCUGCUGACGCUGGGCACGAUGACGGGCCCGCUGCUCGGCGUGCUGCACCUCAUCCCGCAGGCGGUGCUGGCGGGCCUCUUCUUCAUCAUAGGCUACCAGGCGGUCGCCGGCAACGGCAUCACGGCCAAGCUCGCGUUCCUCGCGCGCGACGCGGCGCUGACCCCCGGCGCCCACCCGCUCAAGCGCCUGCCGCGCCGCGCCGCCGUCUGGGGCUUCGUGGCCGUCGAGCUCGCCGCCUUCGCCGCCACCUUCGCCAUCACCCAGACCGUCGCCGCCGUCGGCUUCCCCGUCGCCAUCCUCGCGCUCGUCCCCGCGCGCGCGCUGCUGCUGCCCCGCCUCUUCACGCCCGCCGAGCUCGCCGCCCUCGACGCCCCCGCCGCCAGCCCCUUCACCAUGGAGAGCGUCGGCGGCACCAGCGGCAUCUUCGGCGCCGCCGCCGAGCUCGCUGCCGCGACCGAGACUGCGAGCGCCGCGGCACCCGUCGCCGGAGGUAGCGGCGCUGGGGGCGGCGACGGUGACGGGAAGAAGAGGAAGAGCGAAGAGGUUCUGGCCGAGGAGGGCCGCGGCCGGCCGAGCGCCGACGUCGAGGCCGGCGAGGCGAUCGAGAUGGGUCGGCUGGGCAUAAGUAGGAGGGGGCAGGCGAGCCGGAGUGUUGGGCUAGAGGACAGAUAGAAGGUAGCGGGCGUGAAAAAAACGCGUAGACUUCUAGUUUGGUAUCAAUGUCAGCGGCGGGCUCCCGGGGCUUCUGUAGCCCGCGUUUACGCGCAGGAUGUUGGGCGGGAAAUAACAUAUAUACGUCUAUAGAUUUGGCCGGGGAUAUUGAAAGCGGCCAAGGGAGAUCGCAAGUAUUCUUGUAUAAAGAUGGAGAGCCGCAGAUACGAAUCGGGCCACGAGCUUCAUGACGAACUAUGCGCGCAGAGAGAUGAUAGGGCGAGAAAGCAUGAGGUAGGUGGCUGUUAUUGCGGUGGACGGCGAGAAGCAGAGGUAGGUAAUCGUUGCG